CACUCUGACUCCCACAUACAGCAUUCAAAUUCUGUCACCCUUUAACAACAAUGACGAGUUCACAGCGAGUUGGAAAUCCUUCUUGAAGUUCGCCAUUGCAGACAGGUGUAUUUUACCCCUCGGCAGCAGCGCGAACUCUUCGUGCGUUAACCAAGUUGACCGUGAUGCACCAGGUGGGGAAGUACUCCCCGACACGAUUCCUUACGCUCGAAACGCCGAUAACGGUGCUGGGAAUGGUUCAUAAAUCUUCAACCUUGCGGACGGAGCUAGACAGCUUUUCCAAGGGAUACGACGGCGUGAGGGGGACCACCACAUCGGAGGAAAUGGUUUCGCCGCCGAUCGCCAAGAUGCGGAUGUCCAAGGGCGCGAAGGUGAAGCGGCGGUAUCCGUCCCCGCAGCCCAGGAGCAUCGGGAGCCUCGAGGCGGUAUGGAACGAGGGCGGGGAACGCGCUAAGCAGAGCCCGGACGGCCGCGCUUCGUCGGCGGUCUACUCGGAUGCUCACACCCGGAGCAGAUCCGACCCCAUGUACGCAACACGGUACUCGGGGGAACUGCAAGUCAACGGCCAAGCGGGAGGACAGCCGCCCAGGAGCAGAAAGAGAGUCCUCCAUCCAGAUGUGAGGACAAUCUUCUCCCCCGAGAAGGACCCCCGGGUGAAGGAGGAGACGGGCGAAGGGCACUGCUUCGAGGCGAGAGAGGCGGCCACCUGGUGUGACUUUUGCUGCGGAUACAUCCUCAUCGACUGUCGGAUUUGCUCAGGUUGUAAAUACACGUGUCACUCUCAGUGUCAACACCGGGUGGUGCUAGACUGCCAGCCCGGGCAUGGCUCCACCACAGAGACCCCCCUCAACCAAGACCAGCUCAAUAACAACACACAGCUGACUAAUGUGGAGAAGGAGAGGGAGCGUCGCACCCAGCUCAGCAGUGAGGAGAUCAGGCAGAAGGUGGAGCAGUACAACGCUCUCACCAAGGACCACCUCAAAAUGACACUGAUCCCCAACGGUGAGUACACGGGCUUCAUCAAGGUGCAGCUGGAGCUGAAGAGGCCGGUCACGGUGCGGGGGGGCACGGGGCCCGAGGCCGGAGAGGAGGCCUUCUACCUCCCGCAGGGAUCCGCCAACACCCUCCAUGUCAGCUCGGAGAGCACCGUCAAACAGGUGAUCGUCGCCCUGUUGAGGAAGUUCACAGUCGCAGACAACCCGGCGAAAUAUGCCCUCUACAAGCGCUACAGCAGAGAGGAGCAGGUGUACGUGUGUAAGCUGGCGGAGGUGGAGAAGCCGCUGUACCUUCGCCUUGUGGCCGGACCCGACGCCGACACGUUUGGCUUCGUCCUCCGAGAACAGCAGACUGGCGAGGUCAUGUGGGACGCCUUCUCCAUCCCGGAGCUCUGCAACUUCCUGCGCUUCCUGGAGAAGGAGGAGAAGGAGCAGGAGGAUGCCAUCAGGCGUCGCUAUGACAACUACCGCCAAAAGCUCCAGGAGGCCCUGCAUGCCCCCCCGGGGGCGCCGUAACUACGAGGAGAGGAAUGCAACAACGACAACGACUAAAAACUAUAAUAUAAAACAUGACUACUGAAGCCUAGCGGGCUGGCGGACUCUGAUGGCGACGACGGGAUUGGCUAGCGUGGACGGAAGCGUUCCCAUUGGAGGACUAAGGAUCCACCCCCCCCCCCCAUGAACUGCUGGCGGAGGAGGUUAUCCUACUGGAGGAGAGGAACGAAGCUGACGGAGAAGAGACGAAUCACGCCUGGGGUGUAUUGCUUUAAACACCGCCAUCACCUCCCAUCUCCACAGAGGAGAUGGGUGAACUGGGGUCGGGGUCAGUGAUGUCCUCUGCUGUGUGGCUGGUGGUGGUGGUGGUUGUUGUGGAGGAGGCUGCCAAGACAUUGGUUCGGUGCAAACAGAGGAGGCCUUUCGUCCACACGCAACAUACCAAAGAAUCACGCUCGCUAUUAUCACUGUGCCAUAUUGGGCUAUCUUCCCUGGACUCUCUCUCUCUCUCUCUGCGACGGCUCUAUCCCACCCAACCCCAACUCUCUGCCGUCUCAUCAUUUAUGCAAUCUUUCGUUGUGUGUUGUUGUGUUUUCUUAGGAUUUUAUAUCCUCCUUUGAACGGAGGGAUCCUCAAUCCUAGGAUGUUUUACAUGUUUUAUUUUUCGGUUUUAUUUAAGUGUCACAUUUUUGUACAUAGUCUUCUGUUAAUUUAUGUCUCCGGAGAUCUGUUCUUUUUGUGUCGCAAAAAAAAGUCUUAUUUUAUUUUUUAGCUCAAAGGCGUAGCAACAAUCUGAAACGUCUUGCUUGAGGCCGAGCGCACACGGUCGCUAGACCGUCACACUCUGUGCCGUAGAGAGAGGGCGGAGCCAGAAGCUAUCCUUCUUCACAAUCGAUUUGAAACGGGCAGUUUGCCGAUGCUACUUUAAACUGGACAGGUGUUUGGCCGAAUCGGCCCAUGAGGAGGCAAAGGAGGAAAAGUUGGUCUUUGGCUUUGAAUGUUGAGAUAGGGUGGAGACGAUGUGGUGUGAUCAGAGCCCCAUGGAGUGGAAUACUAAAGACUGGAACAAAAUAGAAAAACAGGGGCGUUGUCAGCAGCUUGUCAGCUGCAGGUGGUUUAGUGAGAUGAGGAAUGAGAUUUAAGUCUCUGUGGAAAACAUGUGUGCCCUAAAGGGUUGAGAAGGUUGUGCAUCAGAGGCAGAACAGUUAAACCAAGCGGUCCUCAAUGUGGUAGCAGCACGGUAGAGGGGCAGAUGAUGAUAUACUCAGAGUGCAAAGGUUAACGGUAGAUGGAAAUAGGGCCCUCGUGUCAAAAACGUGUGCUUUUUGUUGUUGAGUCACAAGAAGGUAUUGGAUGUAUGUUGGUAUGGAUUAUGGUCUCCUCGUAACGUCAAGACCUUCACGUGACAUUAGGUGAAGGAGAGGAGGGACAGACGAAAGAGAAGGUUCUUGUAGCAGGAAGUUGGUCAUUUGACCGAAAGGAAGUAGGAGAGGAACUUUGGGAAAUGGGUAUGAGAAGGAAAUGAGGAAAGACAGACAGAAGACUCGCGUUAAAGAGCAAAUUAUGCAAAAAUGAGAUGACGAGGAGUUUUGAAAGGGCUGAAUCGAGAGAUGUGAUGAGAACUGGACAGUCGUUGAGAACUGGACCUUUUUGCUGAUGUGCUUGGUUCGACUAAACCGAGAGUGACGGCCUGGGGCAUGGGGUGGUGGAGUCCCCAACAUCCCAUGGAUCAGCAGACUGCUUCAGCUGUGUGACCCCUCUUGGGGGGGGGGGGGGGGGGGGGGGGGGGGCUUGUUUAUGGUGCAGCAGGCAUGUUCCCUGUGGUGACAUCCACAACAAAACGUGGGAGAGAAAAGGGAGUGCGGUUGAAGGGGGGCUAGAUAACGUUGCACUGCAGGACUCAAAGGACACAUUGUCCCUCACUCCCGGACAUCCAUCCAUCCAUCCAUCCAUCCAUCCAUCGUAGCGCUCGUUUCCAAACGGCUUUGAUCUUAACCACACAGCUCCAGGUGCUCUGUUCCCACAAUGCACCGGGGCUCUGUGGUACAGCCAACGCCCGCGCGGACCACCCCGUUGCCCUCUAAUGAGAUCAGCGAAUCAGCACAUUGCACACGGGACGCAUUGACGACCCGGCGUGGAACCAACUAGGUGUUGCUGUGAAUGUUAUCCGGCCAAUGCAGAACCUUUGUGAACCACAAUGGUUGCGUGCAGUUUGCAACGGCAACCCCUUACCGGGUUGUAUCGCAUUUAAAGACUAUUUUACCGUAGCGGGCGCGAGCUUGUUGCCUUGGCGUACCCUGUGUAGACACUCACCCGGGGCAUGGACCGGUUAGGGUCGCUGGCAUGUGUGACUGAAGAGGCACGUGUUCAGUGGAUAUCUACUAACCAGGGGGUGGCACCAAGUGAGACAACGGUUGACCUGCUUGACACUCUCUCACUUAUCACUGACAAUCAGUCCCAAGAAAACGUAUGAAAAGUUAGCCUCUGGCAAUGACGCGUGAAGCAAAAGGUGUAUGUGUAGAGGUCGCAAACUUAAAUCGCUGACCUGUUUCACUCGAUGACGCGUCAGAAACGACUGUGUGGCGGUCUGGACGGUAGUAGACCAGCACCAUCUGGUGGCCGAAGACCAUAACUAUACUCUAUUGAGUUCUGUGUCUAAACAAGCAAGUGAGAAUAUGCGACUAGGCCUAUACUUAAAUUUGAUGUUUUUGUUUUUUUUAUUGUAUACUGAAACCAAAGAUAUUUUUUAUAAAAAGUGCAUUUUAUUAGGCGUUGCCUGGAGCAAAUUUAUUAGAUGCCACGUCCUGUUUGUGACAGUGGAGUAUAGUUGUAGUAUUUUUAUUUAAAGGGGUUUUCAACCCAAAUUCGAACUUAAAAUGUAAUCUUUUCUAAACACUGGGUAAUAGAAUUUAUGACGUUUGAAAUGGAUCUCUUUGUGGGGGAAUAUUAUAAGGACCUUUUAAAGCCAUGUGUGUUGUUAGCCUAUAUGUUCAACAAGGCUUCUCUGUCUCUUAUCAGUUUAUCACAGGUGGACUCAAGGCCCUGGCUUACACACACACACACACACACACACACACACACACACACACACACACACACACACACACACACACACACACACACACACACACACACACACACACACACACGGAGACACGGAGACACGGACCUUGUCUUAGACCAGUCCUAGUAUAGACCUAAAGUAUCUCUUGGGCACUUUAAUCUUUAUAAUUCAGGGAAUAUGGAUCUUAGAUUUUUCUGUCUACUCUUUUUCUUUUCUAUUUUUUAUCCGAUGGCUUCCCAGCGUUAUAUCGCGCUACAGCCCGGACGUCUGCAAUCGUCUUUUGAUGGAUGCUAUACCCGGUUGUAUCUCGUUGGUGGUGUAAUCAAGUUAAUUUCAGCAUGUCAGCUAUACUCAUACCACGUCAAGUGUAAACUUUGUGUGGAUUUUCAUUUUCUCAUUCUUUUUCUAUUUUGUUCUUCAAUUACUUCUAGGGUGAGUAGUUUUAUUUUGUUUUUUAAAUGUCACUAGAUAAGCUUCGUCACAUACUAGUGGUCGUUUUCCGUACUGUGAAACCGUCGCUCCUUUACUCUUCACUCGACGCCCGCAGGCGUUGCGAUGGGGGGUGACGUCACGGCCUCCGGCUCCUCCCCCUUGUAUGCACAAGAGUAGACGCUAAUUGCCUGCUCGUAAAUUGGUAACCGUGGCAGCGCACGCGCUCAAAGUAUACAUGGGUGUAUUUCCUUCUUCAGCGACAACGGGGGAACAAGAAAAUGUACAUACGUUCUUAAUCAACAUUUCUUAACUAAACUACAUGAGACUUGAAUUUGUUGUAGCACACCAACACUUGGAUCGAUGCAGUCCUGAUUCUGCCUCCGCUUGGAACCUUUGGCUUGCCUGUGCGUUGACACAAUUAAAACAUAUUGGGCCAGUAGGGUUUGAGAUAUAGUUUGUUUAAGCUUUGUUUUUCAGAGCAUUCUUGUUAAAAUGUUUUAAAACAUGAAUUUAUGUUUUCCAUAGUUUAGAUAUAAAAAGGGACCGCUAACGUGUUUUGGUCCUGAGCCUGGUUUGCCUUAGAUAUGUACAAUCUUAUGUCUCUACUUUGCAUGCAGUUAUGUCAAAUGCCAAAGAUCUUGUACUUCUUUGAAUAGUAUUUUUAAAAUGUUAACAACAAUUGGAUAUAUUCGGCCAUAAAAAGUGUCUGAGGUGUUGUAACACCUGCAUCACUCUAGCGAAUGAUUCACAAUCAUAACAGUUGGAAAUGCAUUAUAUUCGAUAUAUCAGGAGUUGAGACGCCACCAUUGUAAUGCGUGCGGAUGGAUAUACUACGUUUUUGAGUGAAAUGGCUCGGGUGUGCUAAAGCCCUCCUGCGUCGCUUAAAAGUCCUUGUCCGCUCACCACCCUAGUGCCUUUCUGUCAAUCUACCCAAGUGGACCGAUUAGCGACCGAAUCUCGGAAGCUGAAGGGGGGUAACACCCACAUACAAAUGAGACUCGAUGCUUUGACUUUCCUCCAUUGGACCUCUCUUGAUAGGAAUAUGGUAACUGAUUUACUUUAUUUUUUAUGGUAAUUAUCUUUCUGUUUGAGUCAUUACCAAAUGUGACUUUUAUUUUAAAAGGUCGUCUCCAUCAAAUAAAGUUGAAAUUUAAAUAAACCAAAGUCUGUCUAGUUUA